AUGAUUGUUCCUGCUGGACUGUAUUACACUGACCCGUCGACCAACAGACGGACGGCACUUCCGCUGACGGCGGCUUCGGUGGCGGCUACCAUUGCCGACGGCUGCGCUCGUGUCGCCCUCACCCAGUCGUUUACCAACGUGACCGAGGCGACGCUCAGCACAAAGUACAUGCUGCCGAUGGACGAGGGCGCGGCGGUGAUCAGCUUUGAGGCCAACUGCAACGGGCGGAUCAUCAAGGCCCGCGUUGAGGAGUCUGGCGCCGCCAAGGCCGAGUACGACUCGGCGGUGGCCCGCGGCGACGGCGCGUACCUCCUCGACUCGGUCUCGUCCGAGCACUUUGUCAUCGCCAUCGGCAACGUCCAGCCGGGCGCCGAGGUGGCGAUCACCACCACGUACGUGGCCAACCUGCGGACUCGCGGUGACGUCUAUUCGUUUGUUGUCCCUAACCGGCUCGCGCCCAAGUACGGCGCCUCGCUCGCGCCUCAAGCCAAGCACCUCGACGCCGCCAUCCCGCUUGAUCUUGUCGUCCAGUGGACGAUGAGCCCCGGACUCGCCGAGAUGGACUCGCCCUCACACCCGGACGUUGUCGACUCGGUCGUAGUCUCGGACGACGGAACCGGUGCGUCGCUCACCGUCCGCCUCGCCACGCUCGACGUCGACUUUGUUCUCAACGCCGUCGCCGUCACCCCGCCCGGCCCGGUCCUCCUUGUUGAGAACCGAAGCCUGCCUUCGGGAGUGACGACCCAGGCCGCCAUGGUCUCUUUCACGCCUCAACUUGAGGCACCGGACGAGCGCGCUGAGCUCGUCUUUGUCAUCGACCGCUCCGGUUCGAUGGGCGGCUCCAAGAUCGAGCACGCCCGCAAGGCCCUCCAGCUCUUCCUCCGCUCGCUCCCGGAGGACUGCUACUUCAACAUUGUCGGCUUUGGCUCGCGGACCGACUUCUGCUUCCCGCGCGGGAGGGCUGUCCCCUACAACGACGAGACGCUCGAGGUCGCCACCGCACACAUUGCGGGCAUGGGCGCCGACCUCGGCGGGACUGAGCUCCUCUCGCCGCUCCGCACCAUCUUUGCUACGCCGGCCAUGAAGGGUUUCAACCGCCAGGUCUUUGUCCUCACCGAUGGCCAGGUCUCCAACACCAACGAGGUCAUCCGAGCCAUCGCCACCGCACUCGACGCCGCGUCGGCGCCGACCCGUGUCUUCACUCUCGGCCUUGGCAACGGCGCGUCGCGCGCGCUCGUCAACGGCAUGGCUCGCGCCGGCAACGGCACCGCCUACUUUAUCGACGACGACGCGUCGUCCGUCCUCACUGCCACCGUCGUCCGUCAACUCAAGCAGGCGCUCCAGCCGCAGCUCGCGGGCCUCACGCUCGAGUGGACCUCAACCGACGGCACCGUCGCGAAGACCAACGUCGCUGCCGACGGCGCCUCGUCGUCGGCCUCGUCGGGCGGUCUCGCCGGCAUCGCCUCAUCUGCCGUCGCCACUGCCACCUCGACCGUCCGCAAGGUCCUGCGCGUCGCGUCGCGGUCCAAAGCGCCAGCGCCAGCUGCCGCGUCGUCGGAGUCCAACUCGGUCCCGCCCUCGGCCGUCGUCCAGGCUCCGUACCGGGCGCCGCCUAUCUUUAACGGCGAUCGCUUUGUCGCUUUUGCCUUUUUCAAGCCCUCCUUUGGCUCGCUCGCCCGGCUUCGCCUCUACGACGCGUCUGGCAAGGUCGACUUUGCCGUCGCCCUCGAGACGCUCCCUACCAUCGAAGGCGAGACUGUCCACGCCCUUGCCGCGCGCGCCCUCAUCCGCGACCUCGAGGAGGGCUCAUCGUACAUGCACGCCACCGGCGCCAACACCGCCGCUAUCGACGCCGAAAUUGUCCGCCUCGGCACCGCCUUUAGCCUCGCCUCGACCAAGACCUCGUUUGUCGCGGUUGAGAUCCGCUCCGACGUCGAGCGCGAGGAGGUGAUUGGCCACGCCGGGAGCCACGUCCCGCCGCCACCACCGCCGGCGGCGCGCAUCCCCUCAUCCAUGCGGUUCAAGUCGGCCAAGCGCAAGAAGGGGCGCGCUGGUGGUGCAAUGCGCCGCUCCCGCAUGGCGGCUCCGGCCCCGGCCCGCCGCGGCCCGGCCCCGCCGCCGGCUCAACGCUCGCUCGCACGCUCGGCAGGAGCGCCGCCGAUGGCUGAAAAAGCGUUCGCGGCCUCGGCCAUGAGCGCGCCAGUCGCUCGCGCCGAAAACGAGCUCUUCUUUGACGCCGAUGUCAUCGACGAUUGUGAGGUGAAGGCGGACUUUGCCUCGGAUUUGUCCGAAGACGAAGACGACGAGCUUUGCGCCCACUCAUCGAGCUCUGCCUCCGGUAGCAUUGCGGCGUCUGCGCCUGUGGUCAACUACGAGGCACUCGCCCUCGACCUGGCUAUGCUCCAGUCGACCAAGGGCAUGUUCAAGGCGACGGCGCUGGCGCAUCUCCCGGCCGGCAAGACGGCCAAGCCCGACACGGUCACCGCAUCCGACGACGUGUGGACAACCGCCCUUGUUCUCGCCUUCUUUGCCACCCCGCCGUUCCGCGCCUACGACGACCAGAUCGAGCUCGUUGUCGCCAAGGCCCGCAAGUGGCUCACCGCCGAGCUUGCCGACACCACUGCUGUCGACGCCAUCAUUGCCGCCGCCACCACUGUCCUUGCCGCGUGA